AUGGCCGACAAUACCACUUUUUCCCCAGCUUCAACAUCACCCCAGGCCACUGCGCCGGCGCCCUCUGAAUCGGUCGCCAGUGAGCCACCGGCUGCCGCGCAGUCCGCAUCCACGCCGACUCCAUCGGUCACAGCCACCGCGGCUGCUGCGACCGCCGCCGUGAACAAUUCCCUCAACGGCUCCGAACAACAACUCCCCUGUCAAUGGGCGGGCUGCACGGAGCGAUCCUCUUCUGCGGAAGCCCUCUAUGAGCAUGUCUGUGAGCGCCAUGUCGGGCGCAAGAGUACCAACAACUUGAACUUGACCUGUCAAUGGGGCUCCUGUAACACCACCACCGUCAAGCGUGAUCAUAUCACCUCACAUCUGCGAGUCCAUGUGCCAUUGAAGCCUCACAAGUGUGACUUCUGUGGCAAGGCCUUCAAGCGGCCUCAGGACCUCAAAAAGCAUGUCAAGACGCAUGCCGAUGACUCGGAAAUUCGCUCACCCGAGCCCGGUCCGCGGACGCACCACUCCCAUCACCACCACCCAGACUUGAUCUUCCCUCAGAACCCCAAAGGUUAUGCUGCUGCCACCCAUUACUUCGAGGGUCCCAUGACCGGCGUGACCAGUGCUGCCUACGCACAUGGAGGUCCGCAGUACUACACCGCGCCCCCUCCCCCUCCGGCCGCCAACCCUCACUCCUAUGGCAAUGUCUAUUAUGCAUUGAGCCAUGACUCAGCCCAGGCUUACGACCGCAAGCGCGGGUAUGAUGCCCUCAAUGAGUUCUUUGGCGACUUGAAGCGUCGCCAAUUCGAUCCCAAUUCCUAUGCGGCCGUUGGCCAACGGCUGCUGGGCCUGCAGGCCCUUCAAUUGCCCAUCCUGAACGGGCCUGUUCCUGAGUACCAGCCCAUGCCUGCUGCGGUCCCCAUCGCGACAGGUGGUGGCUACAGCCCCGGAGGUCAUGGCCCCGCCUACCAUCUGCCCCCCAUGUCCAAUGUGCGCACCAAGAACGACCUCAUCAACAUCGACCAGUUCUUGGAGCAGAUGCAGAACACCAUCUACGAGAGUGAUGAGAAUGUUGCCGCAGCAGGUGUGGCGCAACCGGGUGCUCACUACGUGCACGGAGGCAUGAGCUACCGGGCCACCCAUUCUCCUCCAACUCAACUUCCUCCGAGCCAUAUGACCGCCGCCGCAUCGGCUCACUCUCCAUCUACCGGGACCCCGGCUCUGACCCCUCCCUCGAGCGCGCAGUCAUACACCUCCCAGCGGUCUCCCAUCUCUCUGCCCCACACGCAUCGCGUGUCUCCGCCGCACGAGAGCGGUGCCAACAUGUACCCUCGUCUGCCGUCUGCCACGACCUCCGAGAGCAUGCCGGUAGGCUACCCACCCGCCUCGAGUGCUGCUCCUCCCUCGACCCUGAGUGGCGCCUUCGACCAUGAAGAUCGCCGUCGCUACGGAGGUGGACACUUGCAGCGUGCUCGUCCCGCAGAGCGAGACGAGGUGCAGAUGGAUAUGACGGCCGACCGCAAGACCGACGGUGACCGUACCCCCACCAAGGAGCACCCAGGUCUCACCACCGGCCUCAUCGACCCUGCCCUGUCCACUGCGGCAUCCGAUCCGGAUCAGGCGGCUGCUCAGCGCACUGCACAAGCGGCCACUGAGGUGGCCGACCGGGAUGUCAAUGUGGCUUGGGUCGAAAAGGUCCGUCUGUUGGAGAACCUGCGUCGCCUGGUUUCCGACAUGCUUGAGCAAGGCCAAUUCGACAGCGGUUCUCCCGCUGACAGCGGCGCCGCCGAAUCACCCGACGGGCCGUCGGGUGGGGAUGCCAUGGACGGGAUCGAGACGAGCCCCUUCCGCAAGUCCUCAGAGCAAGAAAAGCCCGCCAUCAAGUCCGACGAGGGCUCGGCUGUGCUCUACCCCACGUUGCGUGGUCUUGAUGAGGAUGGAGACUCGAAGAUGCCGGGCGAUGAGUAG